AUGUUAGCACCUACCACUGCUGCUGCCAAGCCAAAGCCCUCCAUACUAACAACCACCACACCAAAACCCACCACAGCAACUGCUACCACUAAGCCAACAACCAACAGAACCAGCACUACUGCCAGGCCAACACCUACCACACCAAAACCCACCACGCCCACCACUACAGCCAAGUCAAUGCCCACCACACCAAAACCCACCACACCCCGCACUACAGCCAAGCCAACACCCACCACACCAAAACCCACCACAACCAGCACUACUACCAAGCCAAAGCCCACUACACCAAAAGCCACCACAACCAGCACUACUGCCAAGCCAAAGCCCACUACACCAAAAGCCACCACAACCAGCACUACCACCAAGCCAAUACCCACCACACCAAAACCCACCACAACCCCCACUACUGCCAAGCCAGAGCCCACCACAACUGUAGUUAAGCCCAAAGCUGCUACAGCCAAGCCAACACCCACCACACCAACAUCUACCACCACUACAGCCAAGCCAACACCUGCUACUACAACAUCAGCAAAGCCAAAACUCACCACUACAACACCAGCACAUACCACAACAGCAAAGACACAAACAAAAAUUGCCACAACCACAAAGCCAGAACCCACCAACACAGAAAGACCCAGUCCUACUGAGGCAACUGGGCUAACUCUUUCGUUUGAGCCCACGUUAGACCUGGAUUAUAAAGUAUCUCCAGAAGUAGAGGUAAACACUGGAGAGCCUGUUAGUCCCUUAACUACAGAGGAUCCAGCCUUAUUAGAAAGCAUGGGCACAGCCUUCAGCCCCAAAUCAGUCCUAGAAACAAAAAGAGGUGUCAAAGAGGACGGGAAAGAGAAAUCAGCCUUUUCCAGUCCAUCUCCAUCCCUCGGCCAAAUUGUUCCAGACAUCAAGUUAGGUUUCAACAAAGCUGAGCUCAUAACCCCCUCAAAGUCAGUGGUCUUCAGCCCUGAAGAGCCCACCUUCUUGCGCUUAACAUCAUCUUCCAAAGAGAAAAAAGGGCAGAGCCCCGCUUUCCAGACCUCCCUCUCAGGUGCCCUGGACACUGAAGAACUGGAGACAAAUUCAGACCAGACAAGCAUGGAUCAGCCCAUGGCUGGAGCCCCCACCAGCCUGGGCUUCUGGUCCAUGUCCAAACUGGAAGUGAUGAGCUAUCCCGCCCACCUGUGCGGCUGGCAGGCCCCGCUGCACCGUGUCCCCAGGGAAAGCACAAUGACUUGGAAACCCGAGUGGUGA